GUUUUGCUGCUGAAAUAAUCAUAAUAAUGCCCCCGGCUGUGCUGCAGUUUGAACGCCUGCUGGCGGUUAGUGGAACUGCACCACUGUCAGGAAGCGACGAGUGCAGCUCGUCUGUCCAGCUCAGCCAGGGAGGACGCUUCAACUUGUGCUUUUCACCAUGACAACCGAAUCAGGCGCAGAGUCGGAGGCCAAGCCGCAGCAGGAGAACAAGGAGACGGAAAAAGGGAAAGUUAAAGACGCAGCCGAACCCACCUCACCCGAAGUCCAUCCAGAGCAGCUCCCCGCUGCUGCAGGACACAGCACCCCAGCCAGGAAGGAACCGGAGCCACAGGAAGAGGACCAGGUAUCCCGCAGGUCGUCCACCAGUCGUCUGUCCAAGUCUCCUUUGAAAGGAGUGAAGAAGUCCAAAAUCAUGCAGUGUAAGGUCACCCUGCUAGACGGCUCUGACUACACAGUCAGCAUGGAGAAACGCGCCAAAGGUCAAGUGCUUUUUGAUAAAGUAUGCGAUCACCUAAACCUGUUGGAGAAGGACUAUUUUGGCAUCACUUACAGAGAUGUAGAGAAUCAGAAGAAUUGGCUUGACCCGACCAAAGAGCUGAAGAAGCAGAUCAGGACUGGUCCCUGGAACUUUGCUUUCAAUGUAAAGUUUUACCCUCCAGACCCCUCUCAGCUGACUGAAGAUAUUACAAGGUACUACUUGUGUCUGCAGCUGAGAGAUGAUGUGGUUUCUGGUCGCCUGCCCUGUUCCUUUGCGACCCACACAGUGCUGGGAUCUUACACAGUCCAGUCUGAACUUGGAGACUACGACCCCGAGGAACUGGGCAGCGACUACAUCAGUGAGCUGCGCUUUGCACCCAACCAGACCAAAGAACUAGAGGAGAAAGUCAUCGAACUGCAUAAGACCUACAAAGGGAUGACACCAGCUGAAGCAGAGAUGCAUUUUCUGGAAAAUGCCAAGAAGUUAUCCAUGUAUGGAGUGGACCUCCACCAUGCCAAGUUGAUAGGGAGUCUCUAUGAAAACUUGGCUCCAGCUGAGGGUGAGGACUCUGAGGGUGUGGAGAUUAUGUUGGGAGUUUGUGCAAGCGGUCUCCUCAUCUACAGAGACAGGCUGCGGAUCAACAGGUUUGCCUGGCCCAAAAUCCUCAAGAUCUCCUACAAGAGGAACAACUUUUACAUCAAAAUUCGGCCUGGCGAGUUUGAGCAGUUUGAAAGCACAAUUGGUUUCAAGCUUCCAAAUCAUCGUGCUGCCAAAAGGCUCUGGAAGGUCUGUGUUGAGCACCAUACCUUCUUCAGGCUUGUGUCCCCUGAGGUGCCCCCAAAGAAGUUCCUAAGCCUUGGCUCCAAAUUCCGCUACAGCGGCAGAACACAGGCUCAAACCCGCAGGGCCAGUUCUCAGAUCAUCAGACCUGCUCCCUACUUCGAGCGCUCCUCUAGCAAACGCUACAACAUGUCCCGCAGCUUAGACGGAGCUCCGAUUAUGGAGAACCAUGAAACACUUUUGAAGGACGGUGCCACAGAUGGAACGGCCAAAGUCAUUGCUGCAGGAGAUCUCAUCACCACGGUAACAACAGAGAAAAAGGCAGAGGAAGAAAAGGAGGAGCAGGAAGCAGCCCAGACUGAUGCCGUUGAGACACCCGUCACCAUGACGCCACUCAGACAUGACACAAAGUGCGACCCUGAUGUUUACACUCCCAACCCCCUCCGCUCUGAACUCUCACUCCCAUCCUCUCCCGUUUUGUCUACCAAAGUUCGACGGAGGCGCAUGGCGAGCUUGUGUAAACGGGCCUCUUCAGUCAGUCCGGUCAAGAGCAGUGCCGGGUGCCGCCACCGGCAAGCUCGUGCCGAUCGCAAAGCUGCUCUGCUGGAGGAGCAGGCGCUGCUCCUCGUGGCUCGCAAGCAGCGGCUGGAGCAGGGCAAGAGGCACUGCGGCGGCACGCUCUUCUCCUUCUCCCUGCACCUGCCUGACCUGUCCUCCAUCCUGGAUGAGGACGGGUACAUCACCUUCCCUGAUCUGUCAGAGCUGCGCUUCCUCCCCAAGUGCGCGCAGAACUUCGUGCCCAUCAAGUCACCUUCGCUCAUUCCUUGCUUCCUCUUCAUUUUUUUCUUCCUGCUCUCCACCUCCUUCUCUGUCCCCUAUGCCCUCACCCUGUCCUUCCCCCUGGCACUGUGCCUCUGCUACCUGGAGCCCAAGGGAGCGUCCCUGACCACCUCCAUAGCCCAGGGCUACCAUGACAGUUCAGAGGAAGAGGAGCAGACCGACAGCGAGCAGACUGACUUUGCCUUUGAUGGAGAGAUGACGGCCACGGAGUCGGAAGCAGAUGAGGACUCGGAGAUUCGGACUCAGGACACUGAGCCUCCGGCAGAGAUGGUCAAGCACCAGACCAACAUCAGCGAACUGAAGCGCUCCUUCCUGGAGACGGGCGGCAGCAUGGGAGGCAUGACUGAGUGGGAGAAGAGGCUCUCCUUGUCCCCUGCUCACUCACCCAAAGUGGAUGAGGCACCAAUGAUAGAACCGUUGGACCCGCCGGAUGCUAAAGACGAGCACCCAGUCAAAGAUGAGACAAAGGAGGCGGAGCCUAAAGCAGCAGAGGCGACAGGAUAUUUGGUGAAAUACGUUCUGGAUAGUAACGUAACAGAUGGGGCCACCUCCUCUGGGCCGCACGUGAUUAGCCUGUCAACCACCAUGGACGACGAUGUCUUCGUGAACGGGACGCUCAGGGAGGUGGAGGAGAAGACCCCCGACUCCCAGGAGGAGACCUCUGAGAAGUCUGUGGUAAAACUCAGUCCUGGAGCUGUCAGACAAGAAGUGUCACAGGCCAUCAGUCACAAGAGAGGGACGCUGAUCAUCUUGAAGGAAGCAGAGGACAAACUGGACAGCGAGACCAAAGAGGAAGCCGCAGAACCCGUUCUGUCUGCAAAGCUUAAAGAGCAAGAUGACAUAGCAGCUGUCCCAGGAGACGCCGCUGAUCUCAUGGAGGCCAAACCCACAGUCGUGGAGGCGAGUCUCAAGACGCAGACAAAACCUGAGGUCAUGGAUCAUAUCAAAGGCGUCGACUCACCUAAGAAGGCCAUGGCGUCGUGGAUUUCUGUGGUUGGGACCACGGUGCACGAACCAGAGGUCAUCUGUGUGUCAACAAAGGACAUCCUAGAAAUGAGUACCUCCGAGGGGACGCAACAAAAAGCUGAACUCUUCAACUUCGAGGAGUUCCACACUGAAGAGUCAAAGUCCAGCCAGACAGCAACUCAGAUUACCGUUUCCCAGUACUCCUCUUCAUCCUUACCCGUGUCUGCGCUGGGAUGGGUUUCCUCCGCUAUGAGUCCUGCCUCUUCAAAGGUAUUGGCUGACACAGAGGAGAAGACGGUGGUUGCCACGGAGACAGAUGCAGCACCCGCCGAGUCAAUGGAGCCUACGAGUCUCAGCGUUGUUGAAGUGUCUCCCAAAGAGGUUCCCGUGGUCCACACAGAGACGAAAACCAUCACUUAUGAGGCUGCAGAGGUCGACACUAAUGGCGACGCAGACCCCGGCGUGUUGCUGAGUGCUCAGACUAUCACCUCAGAAACCACCAGCACCACAACAACCACUCACAUCACCAAGACGGUUAAAGGAGGAAUCUCGGAGACGAGAAUCGAGAAAAGGAUAGUCAUCACGGGAGACACAGACAUCGACCAUGAUCAGGCUCUGGCUCAGGCCAUUAAGGAGGCUAAAGAACAGCAUCCUGACAUGUCAGUGACCAAAGUAGUGGUACAUAAAGAAACAGAGAUCACACCAGAGGAGGGGGAGGACUGACCCAGGAGUAAAGCUGAGGAACAUCCUUUCUCCAACCUCCAACAUCCAGAAGAUUCCACAUAUUACCAGGAACCCUCAGAAGGCUCGAAAGGCUCCUUACUCACCAAACGCUGACGCUCGCCUCACGCCACGCCCGCCACCUGCAACAUAAACCAGACACGUUUUGCAUGAGAAGGACAGUGUUGAAUUAUAAAUACAAGAUAAUACGAUCUACGAUCCGCACGCCAAAUCCCCCAUGUGCAGCAAGAAAGCCACGCCCCCUUUCUGCUGUCACUGCCUUAUGAUGACUUUGAUGCAUUUUUAUGAUUAUUGAGAGUAAUUAUUGUAGCAAA